GGGCUACUGGGGGUAGAUUUUCUUAGCGGUCUUUUCCAAGCCAGAGUGGACAUUGUGCCAUGGCGAUGCAAUCGCUGACUCAGAGCGCUUUUGUGCUGCCCACUCAACCUAGCCAAAGCCAUGCCGGAGGACUCCGCGGCAGCAGUGAUUUUCCAACCUCAGCAAGUUCUCCAAUGCAGAGUGGGGCAGCUCUGGGAGUGACAGCAGUUGGUGCUGCCAUUGUUGCCUCAACCAGAAAGACCAAAGCACAGAAGAGCAUCAAGGGUCUGAAGGCAUCCACGCAGGAUGUGCUGUUCAAGGGAGGUGCUGGAUCCGUUGAUGGAGGAAUGGGCGCCGGAUCCUUUGGUGGCUCCAAGUCUACGUCUACUUCCUCUUCGUCAGCAACCGUCUCCUCCACUGACCUUGGUGUGCAGGCACCCAUCGGUUACUGGGAUCCCCUCGGAUUGAACGCCAACGCAGAUGCAGCCACAUUCCGAAGACGCCGAGCAGUUGAGAUCAAGCACGGCAGGGUGGCAAUGUUCGCGACAAUGGGCUAUAUCGUCCCAGAAUACUACAAAUUUCCAGGUUACUUGAGCCCUUCUCUGGGUCUGAAGUUCAGUGAUGUUCCCGGUGGUCUUGCGGCCAUCUCGAAAGUUCCAGCGCUUGGCUGGUACCAGAUCCUGUGGUUCAUUGGCUUGAUUGAGGGAUCUGGAUUCUUCUCCGGAAAGUAUGGCUUGGGCUUCAUGAAGGAUGCCACCAUGUCUGGAACUCCGGGCGACUAUGGCGUUGGAUUUCCUACCUUCCUGGGCAAGGUCUCUGACCCCGCGGUGAAGAAAUCCAAGUUGAAUGCUGAACUUGCAAACGGACGUCUGGCAAUGAUGGCCAUUAUCGGUAUGUUCUUUCAAGAUGGUUUGACCGGAUCUGCAUGGGGCGAUUGGGCCAACUACGCUGAGUCUCCUCUCCGUGCAUCCACGCAGGAUGUGCUGUUCAAGGGAGGUGCUGGAUCCGUUGAUGGAGGAAUGGGCGCCGGAUCCUUUGGUGGCUCCAAGUCUACGUCUACUUCCUCUUCGUCAGCAACCGUCUCCUCCACUGACCUUGGUGUGCAGGCACCCAUCGGUUACUGGGAUCCCCUCGGAUUGAACGCCAACGCAGAUGCAGCCACAUUCCGAAGACGCCGAGCAGUUGAGAUCAAGCACGGCAGGGUGGCAAUGUUCGCGACAAUGGGCUAUAUCGUCCCAGAAUACUACAAAUUUCCAGGUUACUUGAGCCCUUCUCUGGGUCUGAAGUUCAGUGAUGUGCCCGGUGGUCUUGCGGCCAUCUCGAAAGUUCCAGCGCUUGGCUGGUACCAGAUCCUGUGGUUCAUUGGCUUGAUUGAGGGAUCUGGGUUCUUCUCUGGAAAGUAUGGCUUGGGCUUCAUGAAGGAUGCCACCAUGUCUGGAACUCCGGGCGACUAUGGCGUUGGAUUUCCUACCUUCCUGGGCAAGGUCUCUGACCCCGCGGUGAAGAAAUCCAAGUUGAAUGCUGAACUUGCAAACGGACGUCUGGCAAUGAUGGCCAUUAUCGGUAUGUUCUUUCAAGAUGGUUUGACCGGAUCUGCAUGGGGCGAUUGGGCCAACUACGCUGAUUCUCCUCUCCGUGCAUCCACGCAGGAUGUGCUGUUCAAGGGAGGUGCUGGAUCCGUUGAUGGAGGAAUGGGCGCCGGAUCCUUUGGUGGCUCCAAGUCUACGUCUACUUCCUCUUCGUCAGCAACCGUCUCCUCCACUGACCUUGGUGUGCAGGCACCCAUCGGUUACUGGGAUCCCCUCGGAUUGAACGCCAACGCAGAUGCAGCCACAUUCCGAAGACGCCGAGCAGUUGAGAUCAAGCACGGCAGGGUGGCAAUGUUCGCGACAAUGGGCUAUAUCGUCCCAGAAUACUACAAAUUUCCAGGUUACUUGAGCCCUUCUCUGGGUCUGAAGUUCAGUGAUGUGCCCGGUGGUCUUGCGGCCAUCUCGAAAGUUCCAGCGCUUGGCUGGUACCAGAUCCUGUGGUUCAUUGGCUUGAUUGAGGGAUCUGGGUUCUUCUCUGGAAAGUAUGGCUUGGGCUUCAUGAAGGAUGCCACCAUGUCUGGAACUCCGGGCGACUAUGGCGUUGGAUUUCCUACCUUCCUGGGCAAGGUCUCUGACCCCGCGGUGAAGAAAUCCAAGUUGAAUGCUGAACUUGCAAACGGACGUCUGGCAAUGAUGGCCAUUAUCGGUAUGUUCUUUCAAGAUGGUUUGACCGGAUCUGCAUGGGGCGAUUGGGCCAACUACGCUGAUUCUCCUCUCCGUGCAUCCACGCAGGAUGUGCUGUUCAAGGGAGGUGCUGGAUCCGUUGAUGGAGGAAUGGGCGCCGGAUCCUUUGGUGGCUCCAAGUCUACGUCUACUUCCUCUUCGUCAGCAACCGUCUCCUCCACUGACCUUGGUGUGCAGGCACCCAUCGGUUACUGGGAUCCCCUCGGAUUGAACGCCAACGCAGAUGCAGCCACAUUCCGAAGACGCCGAGCAGUUGAGAUCAAGCACGGCAGGGUGGCAAUGUUCGCGACAAUGGGCUAUAUCGUCCCAGAAUACUACAAAUUUCCAGGUUACUUGAGCCCUUCUCUGGGUCUGAAGUUCAGUGAUGUGCCCGGUGGUCUUGCGGCCAUCUCGAAAGUUCCAGCGCUUGGCUGGUACCAGAUCCUGUGGUUCAUUGGCUUGAUUGAGGGAUCUGGAUUCUUCUCCGGAAAGUAUGGCUUGGGCUUCAUGAAGGAUGCCACCAUGUCUGGAACUCCGGGCGACUAUGGCGUUGGAUUUCCUACCUUCCUGGGCAAGGUCUCUGACCCCGCGGUGAAGAAAUCCAAGUUGAAUGCUGAACUUGCAAACGGACGUCUGGCAAUGAUGGCCAUUAUCGGUAUGUUCUUUCAAGAUGGUUUGACCGGAUCUGCAUGGGGCGAUUGGGCCAACUACGCUGAUUCGCCUUUGCGCUGAGAGCCGACGUCGCCGACGUCGCCGACGUCGCCGACGUUGAGUCGCAGGAAUUGAAGUCGGCACUGCCGGGCGCAUGUCGUACAGAGAUGUACAGAGCAUGAGAUCGCGGGAUCACCAUUUUCGCUGAGAGGUAGCCCAGCCAUGUCCAGCCCACCGCUAGGAACCGCUCGCCUAAAGCUGGUGUAGCAGUCGUCUCACUUGAUUUUCGAUAUUUUCGACGGUUUCUCAAAGUUUUCUCUGUGAGAUCUACAGUUUUGAUUUAAUUAUUGAGAGAACGCCAAGAACAGAACUCAGACUCAGAGACUUCAACCUAGAUCAAAAGAGGCAGGUGGGACAUGGAGA